AGCGGCGCGUCGUAGUCUUCCUUUCGGGAUCCGGCCAGAAGGAACCCGUAGACGCGUGAUACGACAACGAAACGUGCCAGGAUGGCCUCGAGACCGAUCGUUCAUCUGCUGAUCGCCUGCGGCGUCUUCGCCGCGACGACGUCGCUCCAUCAAAACCACGUAUUUUCAAAUCAGUUUUUCAACAAUCAGCUAAAUCGCGGUCCGCAGCAAGUGUCGCUAAAACAUACGGCGUCAUGUCCGGAAAGGAACGGCCGCUAUGUGAUGCGCAAUCAGUGCGACGCCUAUGUCGAGUGCCUCGACGGAAUCGCUGAGGAGAAGCUGUGUCCCGAAGGAUUAGUCUUCAAUCCUGAAGCUCGUUUCAACUAUCCCUGCGGAUAUCCGAUUGACGUAAAUUGCGAGGGCAGGCCAAACUUGCAGCCGGCGAGUCCAACUGAAGAUUGUCCCCAUCAGUACGGUUAUUUCAAGAUUGGCGAUCAUCAGCAUUGUGGUCAGUUCAUGAACUGCGUGGACGGUAGGGGCUACGUGUUCGACUGCCCGGAGGGCCUGGCCUUCAAUCCGGAGAGCUACCGGUGCGAUUGGCCCGAUCAAGUGCCCGAUUGCGACGCCGAAGCUUUCCUGGGCUUCCGCUGUCCGGAAACGAGGAACAGCUUGUUUCAGGGCGGCGAGAUUCAGUUCUAUCGCAGCAACAUCGAUUGCCAUCAUUAUUACAUCUGCGUGAAUGGCCGACCGCGGCUGCUAAACUGUGGUGUGGGAAACGCUUUCAAUGAGCUCAUUGAUGCUUGCGACGCCGCGGAAAAUGUCACUGGCUGCGAACACGAAGCGAUAGCAAGAACCACGCCGAAACCUAAACAAACUAGGCUUUUCUAAAUGUAAGUGGGCUUGAAGGAUGAGGGCGAAACUUCACCACAAUGCAACAGUCCUGAAGAAAUGGUAAUCAAGAAUUGGUAAUAAUAAGGUGCGCAUCAAAUUCCGACAUAUGGUAUGACAUAUUUUUGAUAUAAAAAAAUUAUAUAUAAAUAUUUCCCUGAUGCGUAAUUGCAAAUAAUUGCGUAUUUCUAAAGAAAGAGCAAUGCAGCAAUCGAAAGACCCGAAUAAAAGAUCCCACUAUAAUAUAUGACAUAUUCGGAUAAACAUUAAUGCCAUAAAUAAUGUAUAUACUGAUGAAUAAGUUACUUUAAGAAUAGCUAUAUUUACGGUAGGUGCCUAUUUAAGGUAUAAUAAAAAUGUGAAUGUUUUGUGAAUAAAGAUAGAAAAAUUA